AAAAAUGGCCUUUAUUAAAAUCUGACAAUGUGCAUUUUAACCACGUUAUUUUUUUUCUAUUAAAAAUCUCAAAUUGUGGAGUAAAGAGGCAAAUAAAUAAAUGAUGGGUCUUUGUCCCAAACAUUAUGGAGGGCACUGUAUGCCCCCCACCCAAUAUCCAAGUAGGUAGAACUCCUUCAAUAAUAUUCCCUGUCGGCCCAAGCCUGGUUUAUGUGCAUGGUGGUCUGUUGCAAGAUGGCCCGGAACCAUUUUCUGUUCCACCGCCGGAAUCUAAAGACCGCCGCCAGCUGCUUAGCAACGCAGAUGAAAGUCGGGGAUGAAGUCUUACUUCGGAUUAUUUCGUGACUCGGACCUUCCGCGCUUCGUGUUGAGGUUGGCACUCGGAGCCGUGCGGGACUGUGCGGCCGCCUGAGUUGAGAUGCAAUUGGAAACGCACUCAAAGCAUCGAAGAGGACCUUUAAAGGAAUUGCUCUACCCUCUUGAUGAAAGUAAUGAUGGCAGAAGACAACAGAUGACAGCAUAAUUAAAAAAAACAACUAUCUUCACUGUCGUGCCCACUCCCUGUCAGCUAAGACCUCGCUGCUGGUGCUCGAAGAUGAAUAUUUUGAUAAUUAAGCUUCUCUGCAUGGUUGUGGUUUUUACCCUGAUGAUGCUGGGUUCCCUGUUGCCUGUUCGGAUCAUCCAAGCCGACCAGGAGAAAUUGCAGAAGUCGAAGAAGUUGCUGUCAAUCUGCAGUUCAUUUGGCGGUGGGAUAUUUCUGGCUACCUGCUUUAAUGCUUUGUUGCCAGUUGUAAGGGAAAAGGUUCAAGAGGUUCUUUUAGUCGGAAAAAUAUCUACUGAUUACCCACUAAGUGAGACAACAAUGAUGGUGGGUUUCUUCUUGACUAUAUUUAUUGAGCAAUUGAUUCUGACAUUUCGAAAGGAAAAGCCAUCAUUUAUUGACUUGGAGAUGUUCAAUGCUGGAUCGGAAGGCGGCAGUGAUUCAGAGUACGAGAGCCCGUUUAUUUCAUCAGGACGAGGUCAACCCAACUAUAGUCACAGAUCACAUUCGCACUGUCAUUCUUUGAAUGUAUCUGAGGUGCCCCACUCUAGCCCCUUGCGCUUGAUCUGCCUGGUAUUUGCCCUGUCUGCACACUCUGUGUUUGAAGGUUUGGCUCUGGGGCUGCAGGAGAAAGCAGCAAAAGUGAUCAAUCUGUUCAUCGGAGUGGCUGUGCACGAGACGCUGGUUGCUGUGGCACUUGGAGUCAGCAUGGCGAAAGGAGCCCUGCCGAUGAAAGACGCACUGAAGCUAGCCCUAAUGGUUAGUGCAAUGAUACCCACCGGGAUAGGCAUUGGGAUGGGCAUCCAGAGUGCCAACAGCCUCGGCAGCCAAAUCGCGUCAUUUUUGCUGCAGGGCUUUGCCGCGGGAACAUUUCUGUUUGUCACUUUCUUUGAAAUUCUGGUUAAAGAAUUUGAAGACAAGCACGACCGCCUUCUGAAAGUCCUUUCUCUGGUCAUGGGCUAUGGACUGCUGGCUGGGCUUGUCUUUCUAAAGUGGUGACGAUCUGUCUUGGUUCAGUUUGCACUUUCAUUAAGGCAUGUGCCCAGGUUAGGCAAGUGGUUAGUUAUUUCCUCAACUUGCUAUUGUGUUAUCUUCUAACCUAUAGUUCCAUCUAUGGGUAAUGAUACUGUUGCUGGUGUGAAUAUCUAACUGGAUUGGUGUUUACUACAAGCGUACUGUGUAAGUUUGUCACUGGGCUCAAUGUAUUGAUUGCAGAUCAGCAGAAAGUAUUGUAAAAGUAAUAUUUAAGCUAUUGCACUAUAAUAAUGUGCUAGUACUUUUCCUGUGGUGGACUUAAUUAAUGUCAAAUUGCUUCCAUCUGUAGAUCAGCCUAAAGUUAUACUGCUCAAAGUAGUUCCUCUGGACAGGUGCUAUCACUGCUGGGAAUGUUCACAGUUCAGUCAGGGAUUUCACACGCACAUCAUCACACUACUAAAACCCAAGUGACAGCCUGCUGAAUAUAACGGUGCAUGUUUACUGUGAGAUUUAAGUUAUUAAUAGGUUUUUUUAAAAAGUUUGCAUGUUGAUUUAUUUAUGAAAUCAAUAGCAUUUCUCCACAAAAUCUAUUUGUAAAUAUUUAACUACUCCAGGGUGUUUUUUAAAUAAUAAAAUAAAAUAUCCAAUGAGAACUGGAUACUGCUGAAUACUAUGGCUGUGUGCCAGUAUUGAAAGCAAGAUAACCCACAGGAGUGAUUCAUUUUCCAACUUGCCCAACUAAUCACACAGCAGGUUAGUUUUGUAUCCUGCCUCCAGUUUGUGGUGAGCUGUGUUAGCAGAUUCAACUCGGACGGGUCUGUAGCUGCAACCUUUUGCCUCCGCGUCCUUGGACGAGGGAGAAGAACGUCUGCCAGGAUUCUAACUACUGACCCCUGCGUCCCUAAUAGAAAAUGGGAUCAGACUGAUUCCCCUUCUCUUCUUUGCCUUUCAACAUUCCAUGAGAGCUGCAAAAUGGUGGCAUGGCAUAAAAUUGGAAGGAUGGCUUGUGGAAGACAGGGAGAGGAUGACUUGCAGCUUUCUGCUGGCCAAUUUUGAAAUGUGUUAUUUGUUAUAAGCAGACAAUUUCUUAUUGGUUUUGCUGUGGGAUGCUGACAAGUAGGAGCACUAACACUAGCGGUGUGAAAGGAAUGAAGUAACUUGCACGCCCUAGGUCAGAGUACUUCUUGUAAUUUAGCUCACCCUUUGUCAUGUGAUCAUUAACCUUGCCAAGCAUUUCUGCUUAUUAUUAAGCCCUCCAUAUUCUGCUGUAUAUUUACUACUAAUUUUCCACAGCAAUGAUAAAGGCCGCAGUCAGUUCUGUUCAGUGGCCUCUUUUGUACAUUCACACGGCAGGUGAGACCAGAUUUAAGCUUUCCUCUCAUGAUGCAAACAACACCUUCGAGUGAGUACAUCAAUUAGCACUGUCGAGAUUAAUCUUCAAAAUGCAGUCACUCGGGAGGGCAUCGGAGUCAGUGAAAGUACACACACUAAUGAUUGAUGCUUUAGAAGAGAAAAUGUAAAUAGUGUUUUCUUGUAACUUUCAAAUAAGUUUUCUUGCGAUGGUUGCUUUCCAAAAAGGUAGCCCUCCAGGACAUAAUUCCCGCAGAUGCGGCAGGAGUUCCAUUCAUUGUUUGCAAAUGUACGGGAGAGCACUGUUUCCUGUGGAAGGGAUUGGCAGAAGUUCUGUGGAGUAUAAUUGCUCUCUGGGGUAAAACACUGUUGCCUGUGCAAUGCUUCACGGAUACAGCUUGCUGCUAUGUGAAACUUUGAGAAAUCUCAGUAAGUGAUUUAGAAACAAGUCCAUUUCCUCUAAUAUCCUCAGCUUGGAAAAACAUUGAUGUAUUUUAAUUCCUCUGGUUUCUUGAACACACUGACUGUUGCUGACAUAUAGACCGCUGAGUUGCACAGCUUGUACCAGAUCCACGGCUUGUGGGUAUAGAUAUAGUUAGUGCGCCAGUAGCCUAUUUGAUAAGGGAGGAUUUGAAUGCUUUUAAAGUAGCUGGGUCUCGAGAAUGUAAAUAUGAAGCUCUUUAACAGAGGUGUCUGGAAUGAAAUUACUGCAAACAAACAAGUGGCCCUUACUGCUCUGUAGUUUUUUUGCACAACUUUAUUUUGCACCAGAGCUAAACAUUAUGGAAACCAGGUUACACAAAAAAGCUGGAGAAACUCAGCGGAUGCAGCAGCAUCUAUGGAGCGAAGGAAAUUAUGGAAACCAGCUCUGUUUAAAUGGCAAGUGCUGACUGAAAUUAUAUCUGGAAGGAUUGUGGAUCACCAUUGAGUCAAUGCUUUGAGUCAAUUCAGUGAGAGAAACUGAUUUGUUUUUUUUAAUUACUACGUUGACCUAUUCUACCAACAAUAUUAAAAUAUACUUGAAAGACACUGCAAUUCCAGGAAACCUCUUUGUGAACCAUUUCAUUUGAAAGACAAAAUGAAGUGUGUAUCAAUGCAAGACUUUCAUUGGGGAACACUUACUGUAAAUGGUUUGAUUUUGAUAGAUUUGCCAUCAAGUGGAGGUUUGGCAGCAUCUUCAUGCCCAAUGAAUAACUCUGCUAUUUAGUUAUUUAUUUGUUCCAUAAUGGAGCAAGUGAAACUUGUGUUUAUUUAAUAGCAUCUAAUGCUGAUUCUCAGACUUAUGCUUUUUAUACAGCACUGUGUUCUGUCUUGUAGAGAAACCCUCUAACCGUGGAGAAGCACUGACUAGGCCACAGAUAGUAUGCUUUUUCACAAUUUAAGGAUAAAAGUGCCAGACCAGUAUGGUUUAGCAUGGCCCAGUGUUUUUCUUUAUCUAUGAGUUGUGUAUUUAGGGUAGAACCCUCUCUUGGUUGCUAGUGCUAGCAUGUGGAAGAGAAUUGAUAGAUGGUUCUAUACCACUGCACAUUUGUUUAAUGAAACAGGCAACCAAUAUUCACUUGCACACAUUCAACAGUAAAAGAUUUUUCCCUGAGCAAAGUAGGAAAAAAACCCAAAUGUAUAUCCAUCUGCUGAUCCAGUGAUCCUUGUUGCUGACUCUACACCUUUGAGCCAUUGAGCGUGGAUAGCCAUGGGACUGACUGCGGCAAUUUCUUGCUGCUUAGAGGCUUAUAUAAAUAGUCAUAAUGAUAAUGUACUGAAAAGCAGCUGACAUCUUCAGAGCAACAACCAGCAGGAAUCAGCACCUUCAGAGCAGGAUCUUAUGAGUUUUCUGCCAGUCUAGGAAUCUCAAUAAUAUGUCAGUACAAAGUUAAAAUUGCAAACACUAAUCAUGGAGCGUCAGACGAGUGUAAAGGCCAACGCUAAAGUGUGGAGUCAAUUCCACCUGCUUUCAGUAACAGAUUGAGCAGGGACUCGGUACAGAGGCUGCAGAUAACUACAGAGGAAAAAACUUUGUAUCUUCAGCAUAUUUGUAAUGUAAGAUACCUCCGUUUGUUGUCUUAAUGCCAAGAGGGCUGUAUUGAUGUGAAUGUACUGUUUGCUUAACUCUUAAUGGAUUAAAGUGCGUUGCUCUUUCUCCCAACA